CGAGACUCCGUCUGAAAAAAAAAACUGCUUUGUCCUGUAGGAAUCCUGUGCGGGUUAUGUGCACCUCCCUCAAUCCUUACCUUGAAGCUAAGGUUUCCCCUCAGCUCUCAAGUACUCAGUUUGCACUGCAGGUAGUCCCUAUUUUAACGAAAGUUAUACGGUCCAGCUCAGGGAAUCCUGAAAAGCUGCCCUUGCUUCCAUGGUAAUCAAAAGGCAGUUCUCAUGGAAUAAAAGCUACCUGAAGCCUGAGUUGGGACCUUUGGCUGGGGAAGGUGGUUGAGGAUGUUCUCUGAUUAGAUGCUUGGCAUGAGGUUUGCUACUGGAACUGCUAGUGUAGAAUGUUUCAGCCCCCUAGAGUUGUCCCUGUGAUGUGGCUACCUCCUUUCUCUGGGAUUUCUCUUAAAGUCUGGGGAGGCCCUGCUUCUCAUUUCCUGGAAUUUAUCUUCCCAGUCUCCCUUUCUGGCUGAAAAUUUCUAGUAUCUUACAGAACAGCGGUGGGAUACACUGGAGCACAUCAUAUUACCACUAAGUAUGUCUAAUAAAUGAUGUCCUCUGAUUUGACAUUUCCUAAAUGUGAAGCUCCUGAUUUUAUACAAUUUUGAAAUUAGUAAGCUUGUUAGUUUUGUUUGAAAUUCUAGGCAUUGGAUACACUUAACAUGAGGGCUACAUGUGCAUCAACAUACUCUGGUUUCCUUCCCUCCGUAUCUUUUUUUUUUUGAGAUGGAGUCUCACUGUCUCCUAGGCUGGAGUGCAGUGGUGUGAUCAUGGCUCACUGCAGCCCCAACCUUCCGGGCUCAGGUGAUCCUCCCACCUCAGCCACCCAAGUAGCUGGGACCACAGGUGCAUGCCACCAUGCCUGGCUAACUUAUUUUUAUAUAUUGUAGAGACGGAGUCUCCCUAUGUUGCCUAGGCUGACCUUGAGCUCUUGGGCUCAGGUGAUCCUCCCACCUUGGCCUCCCAAAGUGUUGGGAUUAUAGGCGUGAGCCACUGUGUCCAGCCUUUUCCUCUGUAUCUUGUAUCCAUUCCCCAGAGCGAUACUGUGUAUCCUUGAACAGACGGUUUCUUGAAGUCAGAGUCUAUCUCCUCUGUCACUUCUCCCCCUUCAUUAUCUAAGACUGAGGUUGUGGUUUAUAUGCUUAGAGUUGAAAGCAUGGGGUCCAACAUGUUCUGUACUCUGUAGUUUCCCAGACUCUCCAGGGAAACUACUUAUCUCUCAGGUGGUUCUUUUCUGUUUUUCUCAGAGCGAGUUAUCUAAUAACUGAAGAGGACUCUGCCCUUUGGCCUGUUCCUGACUUUCUAACUCCUUUUGCUGGAGGAAGGGGAGGUUGAGGGGGGUGCCCUGUGGUGUGAAAGCCCCACUUGCCCUCUCCUCUAUACUUUCUUCCAAUGCAGACGGGAGAAAGUAUCAUAAAUGUAGUGACUGUGGGUCAGGGGAGCUCUGAGAGGCCAGCACAGGAAACCAGAAACAAAAUGAGUCAGUUCGUAGGUGGCGAUCAGAGGCACCCUGCUGAGGGUGCAAGGCCAUAGGUGAUGCCUCCUCAGUAGGCCCAGGAGCAUCAAAACGGGAACAGUCCCGUUCAGCCUUCAGGAGCCUCCCAAAUGUCACUUAGUGAUGUCCCAUUCACCUGCUUAAAGGCCCUGCAUCCUGCCAGGUAGUUGGUUUGUCCAUAGCAUCCUGAGCUCUGCUUGGGUGAGCCGGACAAAAAGAAUGAUUCCUGGCCAGAGUAGUGAUACCAGGGCCCAGACAGAGGCAGAGAGUCCGGAUAGAAGAUCCUGUAAGCUGGGGUAGGGAGCUGAGGAGGCCAUGGAGCCAGGGGAAUCAUUGAAGUGAGGGACAAUUUCUGGAGGAGGGAAACUGAGUAAGGAAGGCCUGGCCAAGGACCGAGAAGGGGAUCUAUGAAAGAAGACUCAAGUGGGGAUUGACAGAGCCAGAUUGGGUGGAGUCCAAGCUUUGGGCAGGUCUUCAGGCACCAUGGAGGACAAACGCAACAUCCAGAUCAUCGAGUGGGAACACCUGGACAAGAAGAAGUUCUACGUGUUUGGUGUGGCAAUGACAAUGAUGAUCCGUGUCAGUGUCUACCCAUUCACCCUCAUCCGCACCCGGUUGCAAGUUCAGAAGGGGAAGAGCCUCUACCAUGGGACCUUCGAUGCCUUCAUCAAGAUCCUGCGAGCAGAUGGUAUCACUGGCCUCUACCGAGGGUUCCUGGUCAAUACCUUCACCCUCAUCUCUGGCCAGUGUUAUGUCACCACUUAUGAGCUCACCCGGAAGUUUGUAGCUGACUACAGCCAGAGUAACACAGUCAAAUCACUGGUGGCUGGUGGCUCAGCCUCCCUUGUGGCCCAGAGCAUCACAGUGCCCAUUGAUGUAGUCUCCCAGCACCUGAUGAUGCAACGCAAGGGUGAGAAAAUGGGCCGCUUUCAGGUGCGGGGGAACCCAGAGGGACAAGGGGUAGUUGCCUUUGGCCAAACCAAGGACAUCAUCAGGCAGAUCCUGCAGGCUGAUGGACUUCGCGGCUUCUAUCGAGGCUAUGUGGCUUCACUGCUUACCUAUAUCCCAAACAGUGCUGUCUGGUGGCCCUUCUAUCACUUCUAUGCAGAGCAGCUCUCCUACCUGUGUCCUAAGGAGUGCCCUCACAUUGUCUUUCAAGCUGUCUCGGGGCCCCUGGCUGCAGCCACUGCCUCCAUCCUCACCAAUCCCAUGGAUGUCAUACGAACCCGUGUGCAGGUUGAGGGCAAGAACUCCAUCAUCCUGACCUUCAGACAGCUGAUGGCAGAAGAAGGGCCUUGGGGCCUCAUGAAGGGCCUCUCGGCCAGAAUCAUCUCAGCCACACCUUCCACCAUUGUCAUUGUGGUGGGCUAUGAGAGCCUCAAGAAACUCAGCCUCCGACCUGAGCUGGUGGACUCGAGACACUGGUAACCAGUGGUGGGGAGAGAAGCCUGCUGUUUUCCACACUACCGUGGGUCAGGGGCAGAGUGGAGAGGACAGCACCCUCUCCAGAUGCUCCCACCACACACCCAGCCCUGCCCUGGGCCAAGUGGCCUAUCUGGGAUAGGGAUAGAGACUUUGAACUGCUCUUGCUGAAGAGGCUCCACGCCUGGAUCCCUUGCCCCCACUAUUUAAAAUUCUCUUCUGAGCUGGGCUCCCUCACUCAGUCCCUGUAUUCGAUACUGGCCUAAAGACCCCACCCCCCACCCUGCCAGCCCUUCUUCUGGCUUCCCCUUCCAUCUGUGUCCCUGAGACCCUGAGAAGAGCUGUACAUAGAGCUUGCUUACUACCACUGGUUCUUCCUCUUGGGCUUUCAGCCCAGACUCCAAGCAGCUGCUAUCAACCCUCUCUCCCUUCAUCUCUUAGCCUUGCUUAUUUUUAUUUUGGGACCGAGCUGCCCACUAGAUGACUCUGCUUUUCCCUGCAUUUGGGGCUAAGGUGCCAGGUACUUAUUUGCACAGGGAGCAGGAGCAGCAAAAAAUCUCUGGUUCUCCAGAGCACUCGUCCUCUCUUUGGAGGGGUUAUUAGGUUGGGGAGAAAUGUUGAUACUUUUGUUUUGUGUGUGUGUGUGUGUGUUUUAACAUCUGUGAACCAGGCUAUUAGUCCUGCUAAAGCGCCAAUCCUGCUGUCAGAGCUCACCCCCUUCCUAAGACAGGUAGAAAAAUGUAAUGUAGCUUUUUCCACAAUCCAGUUCCCUGUCCCUUCAGUCUCAGGAGCCCUAGGAGAGUCUAAGCUGGGGCAUCCCCUGGCCCAGAGGACUCCCGUGGUGGGCACAGUUCUAAGUGGAUCAGGCUGUCUUGGGUGCACUGGACUUGGAGCACUACCUUGAGAAGUCAGGUUGAGAAAGUAGUUGAUCUAGAAGGCAACAAGUGGGCGUGUGUUCCCCAGCACAUUACCCAGGCCAGCAGAGCCAAACCUAGGAGAGGGCAGUGGGGAGAUUCUCUGCCCCAGGCAGCCAUGACAUACACAUAAAUACCCCAAUCACUCAGACUUACGGCAACAAGUGUUGUCUCACUAUGGUGAUCUCUAAGAUCCACAUCACUGGAUGCGUAGUCAUCCCAGUCAUGGUACGCUGUGGAGGAAUGCUGGAAGAACAUAAAGAGCAGUUCAGAAAGUCACCCAAUACCAGGACCACUGCAUUUACCAGCCUGAUACUGCCAAGAUUAUCUGAUGCUCUCCUCAGGAGCUAGGAGAGGAGUGCUCCUUCCUCCCUACCGCUACUCUCCCCAAGCCUGUGUUGCAGGUAGAGAGGUGCAGCAAAUAGAGAAGGCAUGUCAAACCCUGCAUUUCUACCUGAGACGUGUGACCUGGAUGAUCCUCCAAACCCUAUUGGUCCCACCCCCUGGGAAAGGCCAUGGUGCCAAUUUGAAAGGUGCUAGCUACCUGAAGCCUUGAUAUUUCUUCAUGGCUGCCGCACAUUCUUCCACCUUGGCCAGAACAGGUUCUGAAAACCGCUUCUCUACCUUCACCACCACCACUGCCCAUCUUGAUCUCUUUGAGGGUUUUCCCAUUUCACUUGAUCUUAUUUUUGUUUAUCCCUUCCUGCACUUUGUCAAGAGAGUCCUCCAGUUUCUAUCCAGGAAUGUUCACAUCCAAAGGGUUGGACCCACCGAUCAUUCUGAAUCUUCCUGCCCCUCCUCACUGCUUAACCCUGAGAACCACAAAUAUAAUGGAAGCAGUUCCCCCCACCCUCACCCCAUCUCUUUAAGCUCAUCCUAGCAAGACCUCUAGAGACCCUAGAGACUCGACUUUAGUCCUUCCCCGCCAUGGCACAGUGGGGAAGGUGUCAAUGGGGAGUGUCACGGACAGGAGGUAGGAUCCUGCCGCUCGCGUCUUAGUGUUUCUCCCCCAAGACUUUCCUUCUGUUUUGUUGUCUUGUGCAGUAUUUUACAGCCCCUCUUGUGUUUUUCUUUAUUUCUCGUACACACACGCAGUUUUAAGGGUGAUGUGUGUAUAAUUAAAGGGACCCUUGGCCCAUACUUUCCUAAUUCUUUAGGGACUGGGAUUGGGUUUGACUGAAAUAUGUUUUGGUGGGGAUGGGACGGUGGACUUCCAUUCUCCCUAAACUGGAGUUUUGGUCGGUAAUCAAAACUAAAAGAAACCUCUGGGAGACUGGAAACCUGAUUGGAGCACUGAAGAACAAGGGAAUGAAAAGGCAGACUCUCUGAACGUUUGAUGAAAUGGACUCUUGUGAAAAUUAACAGUGAAUAUUCACUGUUGCACUGUACGAAGUCUCAGAAAUGUAAUUAAAAGUUUUUAUUGAGCCCCCGA